CACCGUCGUAUGGUCCCUAUGAGUCAAAACGAUCAGAGCAAAUUCAGUUUCGAAACAGAGAGACUAUUAGGAGAAAUGGGAACGUCGCUUCUACUUCCGAUCAUCGACCUUUCUUCGCCGGGAAAAAUCUCCACCGCUCAAUUGAUUCGUCAGGCAUGUCUUGAACAUGGAUUCUUCUAUGUCAAGAAUCAUGGAAUCUCUGAAGAAUUAGUGGAAAGGGUUUUCAAGGAGAGCAAAGGCUUCUUUAAUCUCCCACUAGAGGAAAAGAUGGCUUUACUCCGCCGUGAUUUGCUCGGUUAUACUCCAUUGUAUGCUGAGAAACUUGACCCGUCCUUGAGCUCAAUAGGUGAUUCCAAGGAAAGUUUCUAUUUUGGUUCUUUGAAAGGUGUUCUCGCUCAACGUUACCCAAAUCAAUGGCCUUCGGAAGGUAUCUUGCCAUCAUGGAGGCAAACCAUGGAAUGCUACUACAAGAAUGUCCUGUCCGUGGGUAGAAAAUUGCUCGGCUUGAUUGCCUUGGCAUUGGAUUUAGAAGAGGACUUCUUCGAAAAAGUUGGGGCCUUGAAUGAUCCUACAGCAGUUGUUCGCCUCUUACGCUAUCCAGGUGAAGUGAUUUCUUCAGAUGUUGAAACAUAUGGUGCCUCAGCUCACUCAGAUUAUGGAAUGGUCACUCUUCUUUUGACUGAUGGAGUUCCAGGACUUCAGGUUUGUAGAGACAAAUCGAAACAACCACACACUUGGGAAGAUGUCCCUGCAAUUAAAGGGGAGUUUAUCGUCAACAUUGGUGAUAUGAUGGAGAGAUGGACCAAUGGAUUGUUCCGGUCUACAUUGCACAGAGUGAUGCCGGUAGGAAAAGAACGUUACUCGGUGGUGUUCUUCUUAGAUCCCAAUCCAGAUUGUAAUGUGAAAUGCUUGGAGAGUUGUUGCAGCGAAACUUGUCCCCCAAGAUUCCCGCCUAUCCUCGCCGGCGACUAUAUAAAGGAGCGUUUCAGGCUAACAUACGCCACUUCGUAGAUGUUUUUGUUACGAAAUGUAAGAAACAAUAGUGUUCAAAGUUCAAACUUCAACCUACUAUAAUGUUUAAUUAGUGAAUAUCAAGGAACUUAUGGAACUUUGAAAAUGAUUAGUCAAAAACUCUCAAAGAUAGACACGCUUAA